AUGAUCAGGUUUAACAUGUCAAACUAUAAUCAUAUUGCAAAAGCUAUACCAAUGACUCUUCAAUGCUACUUACAGAAAAACCAUCUUUCUGGAUUGAGGAAAACUUACUUAAAGAUAUCAUUUGACACUGUACAACAAUUGAUGGAUGUAAAGCGUGACCUGAUGCACGUGGUUGAAAGAAAUCAAAAAAAGUCUAAUGCUUCAGAGGCAUAUGAGUCCAUAAUAGCAGGCAAACAAAAAGAGCAAAUCCAAGAUUUUGUAUAUUGUAUUUCCGAUCUACGGGAGUAUGAUGUUCCUUACCAUGUCCGUUUUGCCAUUGAUAAAGAUGUAAGAUGCGGAUUGUGGUAUGAUGUUAGUGUGUCGAGUGAUGGAGUUAAGUUAGAAAGGAGGCAUGAUCUUCUUCAACGUGCUGAAGUUCAUGUUUGUGCAUUUGACAUAGAGACCACAAAGCUUCCAUUAAAGUUUCCAGAUGCUGAGUAUGAUUUAGUUAUGAUGAUCUCAUACAUGGUUAAUGGGCGAGGAUAUCUUAUUAUUAAUAGAGAGUGUGUUGGUGAAGAUGUAGAGGAUUUGGAAUAUACUCCAAAAGCUGAAUUUGAAGGAUACUUUAAAGUGACAAAUUUGAAGAAUGAGGAAGAACUUAUCAAAUUAUGGUUUGCUCAUAUGAAAGAGGUGAAACCUGGUAUUUAUGUCACAUACAAUGGUGACAUAUUUGAUUGGCCAUUCAUGGAAAGAAGGGCAGCUCAUCAUGGUUUGAUAAUGAAGGAUGAGCUAGGGUUUCAAUGUGACACAGUGCAAGGUGAAUGUCGUGCUAAAUUUGCAUGUCAUCUGGAUUGUUUUGCAUGGGUCAAACGUGAUAGUUAUCUACCUCAAGGAAGCCAUGGUUUGAAGGCUGUCACUAAAGCCAAAUUGGGCUAUGAUCCAUUGGAGGUAAAUCCUGAAGAUAUGGUUCGUUUUGCAAAGGAAAAACCCCAGAUGAUGGCUUCAUACUCAGUUUCUGAUGCUGUGUCAACAUACUACUUGUAUAUGACUUAUGUUCAUCCCUUCAUUUUCUCUCUUGCAACUAUAAUACCAAUGCCUCCUGAUGAAGUCUUGCGUAAAGGAAGUGGGACCCUUUGUGAAAUGCUCCUCAUGGUUGAGGCAUACGUGGCAAAUGUUGUAUGUCCAAACAAGCACCAAUCUGAAGCAGAAAAGUUCCACAAUGGGCGCCUUUUAGAGAGUGAGACAUACAUUGGUGGCCAUGUGGAGUGUUUGGAAACUGGUGUCUUCAGAUCUGACCUUCCAACUUCUUUCAAACUUGAUCCAUCUGCUUUCACUCAACUUAUCGAAAACCUUGAUCGGGAUCUUCAGUAUGCUAUUAAAGUGGAGGGUAAAAUGGACAUUGAAACAGUCUCAAAUUACGAUGAAGUAAAGGAUACUAUUACAGAAAAGCUUAUAUCAUUAAGAGAUGAACCUAUUCGAGAAGAAUGCCCCCUUAUUUAUCAUCUAGAUGUUGCUGCAAUGUAUCCCAACAUUAUAUUAACAAACAGACUUCAGCCACCAUCAAUAGUUACAGAGGAAGUGUGCACUGCAUGUGAUUUCAAUCGCCCUGGGAAAACUUGUCUUAGGAAACUUGAAUGGAAAUGGCGUUGGGAGACAUACACAGCAAAGAGAAGUGAUUACUAUCAUUUGAAGAGGCAAAUUGAAUCUGAGGUUGUUGCUGUUGAUGGAUUCAAAUCAAAAUCAUUCCUUGAUUUGUCUAAAGUGGACCAACAACUGAAGCUGAAAGAACGUUUAAAGAAAUACUGUCAAAAGGCGUAUAAACGAGUGCUUGAGAAGCCAACUACUGAAACUAGAGAAGCAGGGAUUUGCAUGCGUGAAAAUGCAUUUUAUGUUGAUACUGUCAGAAGUUUUCGUGAUAGAAGAUAUGAAUACAAAGGACUUAAUAAAUAA